AUGAGACAUAAAUUUGCAAUCGAUGCAUACCGCAGUAUUCAGCGUGUUUUAUUGCUGGGACAAAAACAUGCGACGAGCGAGAAAUUGACUGUGUUUCACGGCUUAAAUAUGCCAGUGGCAAUGGCGACAACUGACUGCAAUUCAAAAGUAGAAGAUUCAGACCCUUGGAUUAUCUGGGAUGGCUCGUCCUUGUCCUGA